UGUGCGCGCGCGCGUGUGUGUCGGGGGGAGGAUGCCAUUAGGACGGACGGGCAGGGGAGGCAUGAAGGGAGCGAAGAGGAUAGAGCAGAGGACGUGAAUGCCGAGGAGGACGAAUAUGAGCACAUCGCUGAAAGGGGCACGUUGAGCCGUUAUCUCUGGUCGGCAACAGUACUAUGAUUUGGUAUGUGGCCACUUUGAUAGCAAGUGUAUUCAGCACCCGAGGAACGACAGCUCAAGGUGCCCACGGAGUGAGAGAGGAGCCCCAGUUUGUGACGGCCCGUGCAGGAGAGAGCGUAGUUCUGGGAUGUGAUGUGAGCCACCCCCUCAACGGCCAGCAGACCCCCUACGUGGUGGAGUGGUUCAAGUUCGGAGUGCCUAUUCCCUUUUUCAUCAACUUCCGCUUCUAUCCUCCUCAUGUGGACCCAGAGUAUGCUGGUAGGACCAGCCUGCAUGGCAAGGCAUCUCUGCAGAUCGAGCAGGUGCGCUCGGAGGACCAGGGCUGGUACGAGUGCAGGGUUCUCAUGCUGGAGCAGCAGUAUGACACCUUCCACAACGGCAGCUGGGUCCACCUCACCGUCAACGCGCCCCCCACAUUCACGGAUACGCCGCCGCAGUACGUGGAGGCGAGGGAGGGGGGCAGCAUCACUCUGAGUUGCACCGCCUUCGGGAACCCCAAACCUGUGGUCACGUGGCUCCGGGAGGGGGAGCAGCUGACCAGCAACAAAAAAUACACGGUGAGUGAUGGCAGUCUGACGGUGCAGGCCAUCGCACGGGAGGACAGAGGAGCGUACAGCUGCCGUGCUCACAGCGACCAGGGAGAGGCCGUUCACACCACACGCCUGCUGGUGCAAGGUCCUCCAUACAUCGUAGCUCCUCCUGAGAACAUCACUGUAAACAUCUCCCAGAACGCCCUCUUCACGUGCCAAGCGGAGGCCUACCCCGGCAACCUGACCUACACAUGGUUUUGGGAGGAGGACAAUGUCUACUUCAAGAAUGAUCUGAAGCUCCGAGUGCGCAUCCUUAUCGAUGGCACCCUCAUCAUCUUUCGUGUGAAGCCCGAAGAUGCUGGGAAAUAUACCUGCAGCCCCAGCAACAGCCUGGGCAUCUCCCCCUCUGCCUCAGCCUACCUGACAGUACAGUACCCUGCCCGUGUUCUCAACAUGCCACCGGUCAUCUACGUCCCAAGGAAGUUGCCAGGAAUUAUUCGCUGCCCUGUCGAUGCCAACCCGCCCGUUACGUCAGUCAGAUGGGAAAAAGAUGGAUAUCCCUUAAGAGUGGAGAAGUACCCAGGCUGGAGCCAAAUGCCAGAUGGAAGCAUUCGGGUGGCAGAGGUCACAGAAGACUCUCUUGGCACCUACACCUGUGUGCCUUACAAUGCCCUAGGUACCAUGGGACAAUCCCCUCCAGCCACUUUGGUGCUAAAGGACCCCCCUUACUUUAAUGUAAGGCCUGGGGGGGAAUACCGUCAGGAGGCCGGGAGAGAGCUGGUCAUCCCCUGUGCUGCUUCUGGAGACCCUGAAAUUCCAACUAUCAACUGGAGAAAGGUAGGGAAGCCCAGCAGAAGCAAGCACAACAUCUUACCAAGCGGCAGCUUACAGUUUGUGUCUCUGAGCAAAGAGGACCACGGAGAGUGGGAGUGCGUCGCCACCAACGUCGUCACGAGCAUCACUGCCAGCACACGACUUUUUGUAAUAGGCACUAGUCCUCAUGCGCCAGCCAACGUCCACGUCUCAGCGUCCACAACCUCAGCUAAUGUCUCCUGGGAACCUGGAUACGACGGCGGCUUUGAGCAGACCUUUUCGGUCUGGUACGGCCCUGUGAAGAAGAAGACGGAUUUGGGUCCUCACGACUGGCUCUCCGUCCCUGUGCCCGGCUCUCAGACCUGGUUGGUGGUACAGGGGUUGGAGCCAAAGACUGCCUAUCAAUUCAGUGUGCUGGCCCAGAACAAGUUAGGCACGGGCCCCUUCAGUGAGGUAGUCACUGUGAAUACAGUAGUGUACCCUGUAAGUACCCCGGAACCACUGGUGCUUCUUACCCCACCACGGUGCCUCACAGCCAACCGGACGCAGCAGGGUGUACUGUUGACAUGGCUCCCUCCGGCCAACCACACUUCACCAAUAGACCGCUACAUCAUUGAGUUCCGUCUGGGGGAAAGGUGGGAGGUGCUCGAUGACUUGAUUCCUGCAGAUGAGACUGAGAUCAUGGCUAGAGACCUCAUUCCGGACUCGUGGUAUGAAUUCCGUGCCCUGGCUGUCAUGGAUGAUCUCAUUAGUGAAAGCAGUAAUGUAGUGGGAGUGUCAAGCACAGACCCCUUCCCUCCCACAGAGAUAUCUGAUGAAGGACUGGCCAGGCCAGUGGUGGCCGGUAUCGUGGCUACCAUCUGCUUCCUGGCCGCUGCUGUCCUUUUCAGUACCCUGGCCGCCUGCUUUGUCAACAAGCAGCACCGUCGCAAGCUGAAGCGCAAACGAGAUCCUCCUCUGUCGAUAACCCAUACCAGGAAAAGUGUUGAGUCACCGCCUCCUCUUACCCCCUUGCCUGGCAUUGAGCCCUACUGGGAAGAGCCAGACAGGAGCAGCUACAGGCCCCCAUCCACCAGCCCUCAGCUGUCCUCUGGGAAAAUCAGUCCAGAAAGCAUUGCCUCCUCCCGGCCCCCAUCCUUGGCCAGCGUGGGCGCGCCUGGUCUUUAUGUGAAGAAGCUGCCAAGCCCAAGGAAAGAGAAGGAGCUCUCUCUGUACAAGAGAACCAAGCGAGCAAUAACGGGCAAGAAGUACAGCGUGUCCAAGCACGAGGCUGAGGUCACCACACCCAUCGAGCUGAUAAGCCGCGGGCCAGAUGGGCGCUUCGUGAUGGAGCCGACGGAUGGCGAGACCCCCCUGAAGUCCCGGCGCAUUGAGGGCUUCCCCUUCGUCGAGGAGUCGGACUUAUACCCUGAGUUCCGGCAGUCAGACGAGGAGAAUGACGACCCCGGGCCCCUUCCCCCAGUCAUGGCCACGCUCAGGCCCCAGAUAUCCCCUGUGUCCUCCAGCCAGGAGUCCUACAUGCAGCCCCCAGCCUACAGUCCCCGGUUCCAGAGGCCCAUGGAAGGUAUGAGCAUCUUGGAGGGUAGUCGGCUUCAGGCCGCAGGGCAGAGCCGGGUCUCCCACUUUCACAGGGUCUUCCCCCCAGGCCCUUUCUACGGCUAUCUAGGUAGCGGCGCUGAGGUGGAGCUCCAUCCUCCGUUCUACAUGCCCGAUGUCAGCCCGCGCAGCUCCGCCAUGUCCUCCUCCUCACCCCCAUACCCCCCUGAGGGGCCCUUCCGCCAUCCCGCCAUCCCCGAGGAGAGGGAGGGGCUGAGGAUCCCGCAGUAUGGCGCCUCUGGCCACGCCCUCCCGCUGGCGCACAGCCCUCCCUCCUCUCGCUCCACCGAGACCUGGCAGCCUCCUGACUUCCCCUUUCUGGGUCAGGAGGGUGCCCGGCUCACUCUCCCACCCCACCAUCCCUCUCAUCUCCACCGGGACCUCCCUGAGCCACCACCAUACUUCUCCUCGCAUAGUCGUGCACUCAGCGCCCCGUCUCAGCCCCCCUCCAGCUCGGCUUUCCUGCAGCUGGAGGCUCCCCGGGCCCACCCGAGCCGAUCGCCCGGUGAGUUCCCUCCUCCUCCUCCUCCUCCUCAGGGCCUCGCAGCCACGCAUGUAACUAUGCAACAGGCCCAGAGUCUGGGGCAGUUGAGACACACUGCCCACGGCAUGGGCGUACCGGUGUUGCCUUACCCCGGGAGCCCCAGCACGCUGCGCAGCGAGAGCUCGGACGGCUGGCGGCCCGAGCCGGCCCCCUGGCUCAGCCCCAGGGCGAGGGCGCGCCGCCUGGAUCUGGGCCUGCAGCAGCAGGUGGUGCUGCAGCCGUCGCGCCUCUCGCCCCUCACCCAGACCCCUCCCAGCUCCCGCGCCGGCUCGCCGGACAUCCUGGUGCGCCCACCACCCCGGCCCAGCAUCCUUCGCCACUCGCGCUCGCAGGAGAUGCCCGAGAGCGCCUCCCGCCACCCCGCCAGCGUCUCGUUCUCCCGGAGGUCCCUGUCCUCUUCCCCUGCCACCUCUCCCACCCAGGGCCUGGGCACCGGCCGCCGGCCUGGCCCUGCCUACCACGCCCACAUGGCCUUUGCCACCACAGCGGCCAGCUACCCCUCCCAGUCCCCCUCACCCCCAACGGAGAGCAGCAAUGCUUUCGGCCAGCUGCCGUCUCAGAGGAGGACGGAUGAGGAGAUGCUGCCCUCAGAGCCCUCGCCAGGGGAACCUCUAGGUGCAGUGAGAGUCCCUGCAGGGUCUGAGAGCUUCGAAGCACUGAUUUUUCAUUGUAUUAAAAAAGCCAAGAAAGUAGCGGCCAACAACAACAACAACUCCAAAGCCAAGAAAAGAACAGAUGUGUCCUUCUCUCAGACCCAGCAGCACCACGCAUCUCAGGCACCCCAGCAAAGACAAGUGAUCAGCUCUCCCACCAGGAAGAGGAGGAAAAAAACAGUCCACUUAUCUUCCAUGCUGCGCUGGUCUUCCCCAAGAGAAGACCAGAAAGCCCUAUUGGCCAGCGUGAACUCCACCCCCCCAAACUAUGGCUCUCUGCUCUGACCAGUCUAAAUCCUGCAGAGAGAAUCGUGUCCAUUAGCAGCAACGAAGUGGAUAUGCAGUCAGUAUUGUCUUUGAUUGACUUAAAACAGUAACUUUAGAUUUACUCCCCUCCUUUUGGCACAACAUAUGCGUGCGUUGACAAAGAGGAGAGAAAAAGUUUUCAAAAGAGAAAUCAGUAUUACAUUACUUAUCUUAAAGACCUUGCAGAGUUAGCUUUUGUCCAGAGCUAAAUCUGAAGUGUCUGAAUUAUUGUGCAUAUUGUGAAACCUGAAGAGCUCUAAGCUGUCCCUCAGAAAUGUGUAAUUAACACAGGGUUUCUUUUCUUCCUCUUAUGAAAUAUACCUCAGAAAAAUUCAAUUCUGGCACAUAUUAUAGCACGUAGACCAUCAUUUGUGCAAGCUAACAGUGUUUUAUAAUGAGUUCAAAGGCCUCCGCUGUCUGUUUUUGGCAAACCUCCAAUAAU